AUUAGCUUAUUUCUUGUGCCUCUCAAAACUCUCUAAAUCAACAUUGCAGUCAAUUCAGUACAUCAAUUUGCAGCAAACCCCAUUUCUUUUUCUUUUUCUUUCUUACUUUGAAUCUUCACUUCAAAGUAAUUUCUAAAAGGAUCAAAGUUUCAUGCUUUCAUAUAGAUUGAGAUUUAAGAACAAAGGAAAAGCAGACAAGCUGAAGUUUUCAUUUUUUGGCCGAGAAGGAAAAAGAAGGUCCUUUUUUUUUGGUUUUUAGAUAGUGAAAUGGAACAAAAGGGGAUAUUACUGUCAGCUUUAAGUGUUGGAGUUGGUGUUGGGGUGGGUCUUGGAUUAGCUUCAGGGCAAACUGUAAGCAAAUGGACUGGCAAAAUUUCUUCAGAUGAUGGUAUUACGGGGGACCAAAUUGAACAAGAACUUAUGAGACAAGUUGUUGAUGGAAAACGUAGCAAUGUCACCUUUGAUGACUUCCCUUAUUACCUUAGUGAGCGAACUCGGGUGUUAUUGACGAGUGCUGCAUAUGUUCAACUAAAACACAGCGAUGUUCAUCGGCACACACGAAACCUUUCACCUGUCAGCAAAGCUAUUUUGCUUUCAGGCCCUGCUGAACUUUACCAGCAAAUGCUUGCCAAGGCUUUGGCACAUUACUUUGAAUCAAAGCUAUUGCUUUUGGACAUUACUGAUUUUUCUUUUAAGAUGCAGAGCAAAUAUGGUUGUACCAAAAAAGAAUCUUCUUUCAAGAGGUCAAUUUCGGAGAUGACUUUAGACCGAAUGAACAGUUUGUUCGGUUCCUUUUCGCUCCUUUCGUCAAGAGAAGAAACAAGCAGUUCUAAUGACAUGAAGUCCAGGGCUGUGGAAGGUUCAAGCAAUCAUCAGAAACUCCGUAGAAAUGGCUCGUCUGUAUCUGAUAUGAAUAGUAUGUCUUCAAAUGGCGCUCCCUCAAAUCCAGCAUCGAACAAGCGGACUGUUUGGUGUUUCGAUGAGAAAUUUUUUCUGCAAUCACUUUACAAGGUACUGGUUUCGGUAUCGGAAACCAGUUCUAUCAUCUUGUACCUGAGGGAUGUCGAUAAGCUUCUCCUGCAAUCAAAACGCUUAUAUGAUCUGUUUCAAAAGUUCUUAAAUAAACUUUCGGGUUCAGUCUUGGUACUUGGUUCAAGGAUGUUGGAACCAGAAGACGAAUGCAAGGAGGUGGAUGAGAGACUCUCGAGAUUAUUCCCAUGCAAUAUCGAAAUAAAACCACCCGAAGAUGAAACUUGUCUCGAUGAUUGGAAAGCCAAACUAGAAGAGGACAUGAAGACACUCCAAAUUCAAGAUAAUAGGAACCACAUAGCUGAGGUGCUUGCAGCAAAUGACCUUGAAUGUGAUGAUUUAGGUUCUAUCUGCCAAGCAGACACUAUGGUCCUAAGUAAUUAUAUUCAAGAAAUUGUGAUAUCAGCAAUCUCUUAUCAUUUGAUGAACAAUAAGGAUCCCGAGUACCGAAAUGGAAAGCUUGUUAUAUCAUCCGAAAGCUUGUCCCACGGACUGAACAUAUUCCAGGAAGGCGAAAGUUGUGGGAAAGAUACCUUAAAAUUGGAGAAAAACACCGAUUCUCGUAAGGGAAAUGAACCAAAAUCCGACGCUGGUGCCAACGAGAGCAAAAGUGAGAAUGAUAAGUCCAUUUCUGCAAAGAAAAAGGAUGGAGAGAACCCACCAGCACCAAAAGCAGAUAUAAUGCCCUUGAAGGAAGUUCCGCCAGAUAAUGAGUUCGAGAAAAGACUAAGACCAGAGGUUAUCCCCGCAAAAGAGAUUGGAGUGACAUUUAACGAUAUUGGUGCUUUGAAUGAGACUAAAGAAUCACUUCAAGAGCUUGUCAUGCUCCCAUUGCGAAGGCCGGAUCUUUUCAACGGAGGGCUUCUCAAGCCUUGUAAAGGUAUCUUACUCUUUGGCCCUCCUGGUACUGGGAAAACAAUGCUUGCAAAAGCUAUAGCGAACGAAGCUGGAGCCAGUUUCAUUAACGUCUCGAUGUCUACUAUUACCUCGAAAUGGUUCGGUGAAGAUGAAAAGAACGUUCGAGCUUUAUUUACACUAGCAGCAAAGGUUGCACCGACUAUUAUCUUUGUGGAUGAGGUUGAUAGUAUGUUGGGGCAGAGGACUCGAGUUGGGGAACAUGAAGCAAUGAGGAAAAUCAAGAAUGAGUUCAUGACACAUUGGGACGGCCUUAUGACCAAAGCCGGUGAAAGAAUUCUAGUCCUUGCUGCAACCAACAGGCCAUUUGACCUUGAUGAAGCAAUAAUUAGACGGUUCGAGCGCAGAAUCAUGGUUGGUCUUCCAUCGAUUGAGAGCAGGGAAAUGAUAUUGAGAACCCUACUGUCAAAAGAAAAAGCUGAAAACUUGGACUACAAGGAACUUGCAACCAUGACAGAAGGAUACAGUGGAAGUGAUCUCAAGAACUUAUGCGUGACAGCGGCUUAUAGACCCGUUCGAGAACUGAUACAGCAGGAGAGGCUGAAAGAUCAGGAAAAGAAGAGGCAAGAAGAAGCAGGCAAAAGCACUGAAGAUGUUACAGAGUCAAAAGAAGAGCAUAAAGAGGAAAGAGUUGUUACUUUGAGGCCUUUAAACAUGGAAGAUAUGAGACAAGCUAAGAAUCAGGUUGCUGCUAGCUUUGCUUCUGAAGGAUCAGUAAUGGCUGAGCUGAAACAAUGGAAUGAAUUAUAUGGAGAAGGAGGUUCAAGGAAGAAGCAACAGUUGACUUACUUCCUCUAGAUUUGUAGAAAAAAGCAAAGGUUUUCUUACAAAACCGAUACAAUAACACCCUUCAACGAAAACAGAAUCAUUUCCGGUUCGGGUCAUUACACGAGAUAGCAUCAAAGAUCAAAGGUUCCGGUACGGGUCACCAUAUACACAGUGUUUGAAAGUAUAUAUACGUGGCAUUUGUACAAGGGGGUUCAUUGGCAUCAAUCUUGGGGUAUUUUCGUUGUGUUUAUGUGAAAGUAUGUAGUAAUUAUAAGGUAUUAGGAAAUGCCUACGAGUUUUAUAUUGGACUGCUUGAGAUUCUGUAGUUUAGGUUAUAAUAUAUAUAAUAUUGUCUAAAAGAAGUAUUUGUACGACCAUGUCGCAUAAUCUUUGAUAGAAUAUUUUAAUUUCCUGUAAUGUUGGACUACGUUUUCAUGCAAAUUUGCCAAUGAGUAGUUGUCUGGAAAUGAAAGCAAAAAAUAGUUAAAUAAAGUUUGAUUUUACGAAGUAAAA